AUGGUUGGCCAGCUUCCAGAAGGUUCAGACGGGUUGGCGGCUGCAACACUCACCUUUGCUGCCGCCAGCUUGAUCUGCUCGUCCCUCGUUAUAUGGCUCACAUGGUGUCAUAAUGAGAGGCUAUCAUAUGUUGCUCUCCUAGCAUACUUUACCCUGACCAGUACGCUGUGUUCAUUGAUCCAACAAAUACACGACAUUGCUCAUUUUCGCGAUGUUAUUUUGGAGCAGCAUGAGGCUCGGCUCAAGAAUCCAUUCAGUCCAGACGGAAGAGUGGCGAACGGGUCGACUGGAAUGGACCUGAUCCUAUAUUAUAUGCAGUUCUAUUGCUACCAGGUCAUGUCCAUGCUUGUAUUGUGGUGGGCCUCAGAGCUUACUCAAUCUGUGUACGGGUUCAUGCACAAACGAUCUACCCGGAAAAUUCUGCGAAAAGUCAAUGCUGCUGGAAAGAUUGUGGCCAUUAUUCUGCCGCUGAUCAUCAUUCUUCUGCUGCGGACGCCGCCAGUUCAAAAGUCACAGCUGACUUUCACGGUCUUGACUGAUGUGCCUCUGGGGUUGUCCAUGGGAAUCGGUUCCAUACUGAUGGUAUUCAUCCUUGCUCGUUACAUUUACUCCAAGAGGAAGCUUCUACGCUUCGAGCCUGGGCGCGGUGAUUCUACUACAGACGCCGAAUCACAGCUAAGCUUUCAUAAUGCUAGCCGGGUAUCGAAAACAUCGAAGCCGAGGCGGCGGGCCAUAUAUGACCGAUGGCUCAUGACCCGCUUUACCAUUGCGUUUCUAUUCCUUGCAGUCUUCCAAGGAACAGCAACUUUAUUCCAGCAGCUAUCGAUACAAAGCUUCCAGGCCAAGAUAUCUAUCCCGGAACCGGACUUGAGUGCCAGCAAUGCAAAUAGAAUACUGCUCCUCUUCAUACCCGGAAAUCUACCAGGCGUGGCGCUCUUUGUCGUCUUUGGGACGACAACCGCAUUCCGCCAGCACAUGAGCAAGACUUUGCAGAGGCUGAAGCCGGAGUGGAGACUCCCAAAUUUGUUCAGACGCAACAGGGGACUGAUGUACGAUGAUCUGCCAUCGCCCCACGUCGUCCCUAUGGCCAAGAUACGAGAAAUGGGGCCAGACCUCAUGAAAAAACUGCCCCAUAGGCCGGAUUCUAGAUCUGACUACAGUGAUGACGAGGAUGUCGAGUUGCAGCGAGUAGAGAGGGCCAAACUCCAUGACCGACAUUCAAUUUAUGUUAUGAGAACCCUGUCGGUCCAUAUGACAACGAUACCCAUGCGGGAGCGGCCGACCACAGAUUCGAGUAAAGACUCGACUCCGUCACUCGUCAUAAUGCGGCAAAUUUCGGAAGAAAGCGAGAUACCAAGGGCUUACAGGAAUGACUUAUGA